CGAUAUAUUUUAAUUUUGCUCCAAAUAAAAUAAAUUAAUACAUACAUGCAGAAACAGCGUGAAAGAAGACUUUCUUGGACGGGUAAAAAAUAAAAAGUGUGAAUAAAGAACAUGAUGGGAGAGUAGAAAUGUAAGAUCGUCGUAGACUUUAUAUCUCGUUUUAAUUUCGUUAUCAGUCAUUGUAUUACUUGAUCAAAUGCUCCAUGAUACACGAAUAGAUAACAAUAAAAAAAAAACAGAGUCUACGCUUCUAUGUUUAUGACGGCUGCUAAAAGAUGAAAGUUUAUAAGGUCUUUGAGAUGUAAGGACGACUUUAUAACUUUUAUGCAUAUUGUAUGGACUUAAAGUUCAUGAGAAACGUAAUAAGUGAAAUCGACGAGAGUCGUAACAUUAUAGUGAUGAUCGAGCGAAGAUCGGUGAAAAGACGUCAACGGGAGGCUGAGAAGGGCAGCAGAACGACUCAUACGCAGCCUUUGACACGCGUUCCCAAAAACGAAGUCAUAUUUAAAAUCAACGGCAGUGCCAAGAGCAACAUGAAACUGCUCAAUGAGAGUUGCUAUUGUCAUUACCACCCGCAUAUAACGGCGGAUAUCUGCAAUGCCGACUUUCUUAGGAGGGUCGUAAGUAGGAAUAAGCAGGAUGGAAUUGGCGAAAAUGAUGAUUUAGACGCGUUGACGCCUAGUUGGAUGAUGUCAGAUGAUGAUAGAAUGUCAUUAACUACAGCAGUAAGUGACGACGAUGAUGGUGAAAGUGUUAUGAACUCGCCUUACAAAGGAAAGCAAACGGGAACAGCUGCAGCAUCCUUCAACUGCACCGGUGCAGUUCGUAAAGCAGGGUUUCUCAGUGUGAAAAAGUGGCUACUACGCAAGAAGCACCAGAUAGAGCUUGCGCGAAAACGUGGAUGGAAGGGCUACUGGGUUUGCCUUAAGGGCACGACUCUUCUUUUCUAUCCGUGCGAAUCGCAAGAGAGUCGCGCGGUCGAGACAGCCCCAAAACAUCUUAUAAUCGUUGAUGGAGCGAUUAUGCAGCCGAUACCCGAGCACCCUAAGAGGGACUACAUAUUCUGCCUGAGCACUGCCUUCGGCGACGCCUAUCUUUUCCAGGCUCCAUGUCAAGUGGAACUCGAGAACUGGGUGAACAGUAUACAUUCAGCUUGUGCGGCAGCCUUUGCUCGUCAUCGUGGUAAAACUGGUACUCUGCACCUUCUCCAAGAAGAGAUUUUCCGAUUGGAUAAAACCAUUGAAUCGGAUCAUAAUAUGAGACAUAUGGCAGAUUUACAACAGUCUGUGGUACCCGACGCUGAUACAAAACAGCAGAUAAACAAUCAAAUUAUGCAGUAUGAAGAAAACCUCGAACGAUUACACUGUGAGCAGUUCCGUCUUAGGUGUUACAUGGCAAGCUUACAAAGUGGCGAACUCCCUAAUCCCAAGAGUUUACUCACCCACGUUUCACGAGCAACGAAGCAGACCCUGAACAAGUUGGGCGUCUUCACGGUGUCCUCCUUCCACGCGUUUAUAUGCGCCCGAAGCCCCUCGCUCCUGAAUAAUUUGCUAGCGGGACGCGGGGCAACCAAGCGGCGACCGCCCUUAUUAUCGCGCUCCAACAGCAGCUCCAGCAGGCGAUCGCUGCAGACGUCUUGCAGGGACGAGGAGAAGAACGUUAAAGUAACUGUACCUGAGAAUCAGCUCGUAUCGGUUUUCCUGAGAGACGGAAUGACUGUUGAAGAGUUCUUCGCUAGCGCAUGUAGCAGAAAAGGUUUGAAUGCAAUGGAACACUUUGUCCGAGUGAAAAAACGCCGAGACAUGGAAGAUCAUAAUUAUUUCGUGCCACAUAGAUCUGAUGCUAUAGAACCCUACCUUCAUACGCACGAGGUCGUCGAAGUUUGCGCCAAGAUUCUCUAUCAAGUAGAGUUGCAGAGGAACACGCUUGAUCAAAUGUGGGGAUUCUCAGUGGAAGCUGAACUUAUUGAGAAUGCAGAUCGACAGGAUGAACUCUGUUGUUACGUUAGCAGGGUUGAGGAUAAGAGCGUUGCAAUGCAGAAUGGCAUAAUAAAGGGGGAUGAGAUCAUGGUGAUCAACGGGGCAAUCGUGAGUGAUCUGGAUAUGAUGUAUCUCGAGAGUGUCCUACAGGAGGAGCAGGCACUUUGUAUGAUGAUGCGUUCAUCGCGAACGGAGCCACCCGACCUGACCGGCAUUAUGAGGGUUACCGACGAUAUCAUCGAGAGUCUCGUGUGCCCACCCCCACCUACGGAUCCACCCGUCAUCAGCGAGGAGAUGAUCUCCGGUUUGAUCGUGCCUGCGCCCGGUUGGAGUAAGGAAAACCUACCGGACUCACUGGACGUACAUGCAGAAGGUAGCAAGCAGGCCUCGCGAACCAACUCCUUCGAAAUCGAGAACCUACUGAAGACAGCUGAGCAAGUGACGGGUAUCUGCCGCUCGCCAGUGGAAACCCGCAAAUCAAGCCCAACCGGAAGCCUCCUGAGCGCCCAUUCACAAGUCUUAACGCCUAGUCGACAACUCACCGAUGCCGAGAAGCUUAAAAAAGUCAUACUGGAGCUCGUGGAGACCGAGCGGACCUACGUCAAGAAUUUAAAUAAUUUAUUGGAAAACUAUUUGGAACCUUUAAAACGCGAGACAUUCUUGUCAAAUGCUGAAAUAAACGCAUUAUUUGGCAAUAUUCAAGAAAUCGUAACAUUCCAACGCCAAUUUUUGCAAAAUCUCGAUCAUGCAAUUGAAGUAGAGGCGGAAUUUAAUAAUUUCGAACAUCCAAGUCAAUUUAAGGGUGUCCUGUUUUCCAUUGGAAGUGCCUUUUUAUAUUAUGUAAACCACUUCAAGCUCUAUAGUUCAUUCUGCGCCAGUCAUUCGAAAGCCCAAAAAGUCUUACAUCCAAACGAAGGGAACCAAGCAUUGCAAGAGUUCCUACAAGCGCGAAAUCCACGGCAGCAGCACUCGUCGACUUUGGAGUCGUAUCUGAUCAAGCCAAUUCAGAGAAUAUUGAAAUAUCCGUUGUUGCUACAGCAGCUACGAAAUCUCACAGAUGAGCGAAGCGAGGAGCAUCAGCACUUAAUAGAGGCACUCAAAGGUAUGGAAAAAGUAGCAGAACACAUUAAUGAAAUGCAGAGAAUACACGAGGAAUACGGAGCUAUCUUCGAUCACUUGUUCCGUCAGCAUCAAAAAUCUUGCAAGCAGCCAAUUGAUUUGAGUCCAGGUGACUUGCUUUAUUAUGGCGGUGUUGAGUGGCUCAAUAUUUCAGAUUUCUUAGGAAAAAUUAAAAAGGGAUUAGAGUUGCACGCGAUGUGCUUUGUUUUUAAAUCAGCAGUUGUAUUCCUUUGCAAAGAAAAAUUGAGACAAAAGAAGAAGCUUAUGGGCGGCUCGUCAAAAGCAAAUCUAGCGAAAACCAACGCCGGCGACGUAGAGAUAAUCCGCUAUCAAGUACUGAUUCCAGUAACAGAAGUUCAGGUGCGCUCGAGCUCUGCAAAGGAUAUGGAGUCACAUUUCCUCUGGGAGUUGAUUCAUCUGCGCAGUCAACUACAGCGGCGCUCCGAGAAAGUCUACGUAUUAUCAAAUAGCACAAGCGAGUUUCGCAACUCUUUCCUAAAGACUAUUCGCCAGAUUAUCAGAGAGUCCGUACGCAACAUGAGCAUACCACAAACGAGGUUGCAAGCUCUCGGUGGCCAUCAUCCAAUGACGAUUUCUCCACGUAUGACGAGUAGCCACAGCGACAAGUCCCAAAACGGUGGCCCACCUCAUGUGAUCCCGGCCGCAACACCAACCCCGCCCAAUCUACCCACAGGCACGCUCUCCAAGAAGGCGUUGAAGCAACAAAUGAUGGCCAACUCGCACGGUGCCAGGCGCAAGUACUCUCACUCUAAACAUUCGGUCGACAGAGAAAGUUCAGAGGAUAAGGAGCUCGAGGAGCAGCAGCACCAGCAACACCAACAACACCAGCAGCACCAACAGCACCAGCAACACCAGCAACACCAGCAACACCAGCAACACCAGCAACACCAGCAACACCAGCAACACCAGCAGCACCAGCACCAGCAGCAGCAGCAGCAGCAGACCCAUCAACAGCAAACCUUCCGCACCAGAAGUAAAACGAUCAGCGACAGUUCCGGGGAAGUAAAGGUGGAGAUGGACACUGGUACAAAAUCGGAGGGUGAAGAGGAUUCGCAAGCUUUUUUAAGCGAGAAAAAGACGAGCCUCGGCCGUACGCCUAAUCAUUUAACUUUAAGUACUACCUCAACUAUAUCCGCUGGCAGCACUGGAAGUCAGGCAAAGCUUAUACAGUCCUCGCAUCACCCUGAACAUUAUCAACCAGCAGCUAUUAAAGAACUCGGUUCGCCAGUGUGGAAACCACGAGAGCUGCCGUCAUUAGGAGAGGCGAUGACAUUGCCCCGCAAAGGCAAGGCCUCGGCGGCCGAUUUCCCGGACGUGAGCUCGAAGCACAGCGCAUCUCGCAAAUCACUUGUGGAGAUCAAUAAUUGCACCCAGCAGUCUGGCUUCAAUAACCACGUGUAAGGAGGGCGAUGUAUGGGCGAACGAAGCGUGCGGUUGCUGUCGGUGCUAAAUGAAACGGCCGCGAGCAUCAAUUAGCGAUGCGGGUAAAUCGAUACAACGACGACACGACUAUGCUAACGAAAGGAUAUGGUGGCGCCCGCCAGGAGUCGAUGAAGACAAUACCCUAAUACCAGUGGAAUUAGCUAAGGCAAUGCGUGAGGAUUAGUUGGCUUCUCGAACGUAAUGAGAAAUUUAAUGCUAAACCCAAGUCUCGUUGUUAAUAAUUGCGUGUCAUUUAAGCGCAACUAGUAUAGAAAUUUAUUUCAAAUCUAUACGAUAUUAUUGGUUUCCGUGUGUGCGCGCGCGGGCGUACACGAGAGGCCGUAAGUAUAAAAAAAACGAAGGUGAGCAAAUAGGAGGCGAAUCGAAGGCUUUUCGAAAUGGUGAUGCUUAUCAAACACGCCACAAACCUUUUAUUUUUUCAACAUCUCAACUCGCUUCGUUACUCCGCUCACUUUCUUGUUCGGUAUCCAAAAAAAUUUUCUAUUUCCCUUUAUUUCAAUUAUUUAUGAAGAAGGAUUUAGUGCCAACUUAAAUAUAUGCAGAACUGAUUAUAAGUCACUUUUUACCUGUCAGAUUUCGGCAUUUUUUGAGAGGAUGCGUCAUCCGUUUAUUAGAUUUCUGAAUGCACAUCGGAAUCUCAUGAUUAUAUACAAGAUUUGAUAGUUCUUUGUUGAUUGGAAUAAGAAUUUUUAUACAGGGUGUAUUUCUAUAGA